AAAAACGAGUGCGAGGAGAGAAAGGGGAGAUGUGGGUUUGAGGUUUGUGAACCAGUUGCUCAGAGAGGAGUCUGGUGGAUGGAGGGAGGGGAGCUGUGAGGAUAAAUGCGCUCUUUCAUUUCAACGUGAGAGAAAUCCGUUACUAGGGGCACAUAUUACAUGGACAGAGAAGCAGGGGAGCCUAAAAUAAGGGAAAUAAGCGGAGUGGAUAAUGGAUAACGUGCUGUCAAAGAUACCGCUCACGACAGCUCUCCUCAGACUUUGGGACUGAUGAGCGGAGUUUCUGUCAGAGGAGAGUUUGAGCUUCAAAGACGCGCUCCGGAGUCUGGAGGGAUAAAGCUGCUGCCUGCCUGUUUAUGAAGGCGUUACACAUUUGUAAUGGUUUAAUGAGUCGGAACUGCAGCCUCUUGUUGGAUGGGACAGGUGCAGUUAUUUUCACGCCAUGGGUCACUGAGACGUCAUAAAGUUGAUUUUUCAUUUUUACGUUUUUAAGACGUUUUCGCUCACUUUAACAUAAGACGAGAAGAAGAAGAAAAUCAUAGCCAGAGUUUUCGUUCGGUUUAUUCUAUUUGAAUCAGUAUUUAAUUAUUUGUAAACGAAUAGCUCCUGAAGUUUAACCCCAUUCACGCACGUGGCAUGCCACCGCGGCACAGUUUGGCCGACUUUUACGCAUCUCUUGGGAAGAGAAAAAGCUGAAAACAAGCGUGUCUGUGUAUGUGUAUGAGUGCGGUGGGCAACGACGCUCCUCAUUUCCACUUAAUACACGAGGGAAAAAGGGAAAAAACAUUAAAGAGAGACUUCUUUCAUUCGGAAUCAUAAAUGGAGCUGCGUAAAUACCUGUUGUGCCUGGAGUUUAUCCUCCUCCUUAAAGAGCUUUGUCAGUGUUUCAACAUAGAUGUAAAGCACCCGCGCAUCUUCACCGGUCCAGAGGACGCGCUGUUCGGCUUCUCCGUCUUGCAGCAUGAAGCAGAUGGAGAGAAAUCGAUGCUGGUUGGUGCUCCCUGGGACGGGCCGCCCAACAACAGGAAAGGAGAUGUUUACAAAUGCAGCGUGGGACGGGAGAAGAACUCGAGCUGCAAUAAAGUGAAUCUAGGUGAGACGGCUCUCCAGAACGUUUCAAAGAAUCUGAGGAAUUCUCACUUGGGAAUGACCCUCACACCAACUUCACCUGAUGGCUUCCUGGCAUGUGCUCCACUGUGGUCACAAGAGUGUGGUACAUCUAUGUUCAGCACUGGCAUCUGUGCCUCUGUCAGCGAUGACCUAGAACCAAGAGAGACUAUCGCUCCAACAGCGCAAAGGUGCUCGACGUACAUGGACAUUGUGAUCGUGCUGGAUGGCUCCAACAGCAUCUACCCCUGGUACGAGGUCCAAAACUUCCUCAGUAACAUCCUCAGCAAGUUCCACAUCAGCUCAGACCAGAUGCAGGUUGGUAUUCUGCAGUAUGGUGAGGUAGCUAUUCACGAGUGGUCUCUGAAGGACUACCAGACCACACAGGAGGUAGUGGAGGCCGCCAAGAACAUCAGCCGACAGGAGGGACGGGAGACGCGCACGGCAUAUGCUAUCGAAACAGCCUGCACAGAGGCUUUCAGUCCUGAGCGUGGAGCGAGGGAGGGUGCCACCAAGGUGAUGAUCGUAGUCACAGAUGGAGAGUCCCACGAUGGGGAUGAACUAGAAGGUGCUCUGGAGAAGUGCAAAGAAAGAAACAUCACCCGAUACGCAAUCGCUGUCCUGGGUCAUUACAUCCGGAGACAGCAAGACCCUGAAACUUUCAUUAAGGAGAUCAAGUUCAUCGCCAGCGACCCUGACGACAAAUAUUUUUUCAAUGUUACGGACGAAGCUGCGCUCAACGACAUUGUUGAUGCACUGGGAGAUCGCAUCUUCACUCUGGAAGGUACGCUGGGUUACAACGAGAGCUCGUUCCACAUGGAGAUGUCUCAGAUCGGCUUCUCCACGCACACUCUAGAUGAUGGCAUUUUGUUUGGCAUGGUGGGGGCCUAUGACUGGGAUGGAGGUGUGUUGAAAGAAGGGACCAAUGGGCGAAUCGUGCCAUCCAGAGAGGCCUUUGAAAGCGAGUUUCCUCUGGAGCUCAAAAAUCAUGCUGCUUAUUUAGGUUACACGGUGACCUCUGUGGUAACUGGUGACUGGAAGAGGGUGUAUGUAGCUGGAGCUCCUCGAUUCAAACACAAAGGCAAAGUCAUUCUGUUUGAACUCAGCGAUGAAGGCGAUGUCAACAUUGUGCAGGCGCUUAAUGGAGAGCAGAUUGGCUCGUAUUUCGGCAGUGAAGUGUGUGGGCUAGACAUCGACCAGGAUGACAUCACUGAUGUCCUUCUGGUUGCUGCUCCAAUGUACCUUGGGUCAGGAAACAAGGAGGCUGGACGAGUCUACAUCUACACUCUCAACAGAGUAGGACAGCAGCAGCAUGGAUCGAUCACCUUCAUAUCAAUUAUUAUGCAAACAUUCCUGUCAUAUACAACAAUGAAUGAUAGCCCUGUUUUACUCCUACAGGAUCUCCUGUUACCAUCCACUCAUCUAUCUUUGUUUCCUCCUCUUUGUGUCUCGCAGGAGGACGUUUUUGUAUCCAAUGGUACGCUGAAGUCAAACAAUAAGUCCCAGGAUGCCAGGUUUGGUUAUGCACUGGCACCCACUCCAGAUCUGAACCAUGACGGCUUCACGGAUCUGCUGGUGGGAGCCCCACUGGAGGACGAACACCGGGGGGCCAUCUAUGUUUAUCACGGAGACGGUAUUUAUGUCAUCCACAACUAUAAACAGCGGAUAGCUGCAUCAUCAGUUUCCCCCUCCCUGCAGUAUUUUGGCCGAAGCUUGAGUGCUCGAUUGGAUUUGGAUGGAGAUGACCUAAUAGACUUGGCAGUGGGAGCGCAGGGAAGUGCUGUACUGCUCAGCUCUCGCAGCAUUGUCCAGAUCAAUGUGAGUCUGUCCUUCCAGCCGCACUCCAUUAAUGUCAUUCAGAAGACCUGCCACAGAGGAGGCAGAGAAUCCGCCUGUCUGAAUGCCACCGCCUGCUUUACAGCCGUGUCCCGCUCCCCAAGACCACACAGCAACAGUUUUGAUCUGUGGGUGCGGGCUAUGUUGGAUGACAGGAAGUUGUCAGCACGGGCGCUGUUUGAUGACAGCUCCCACCGACAGACCCAGCUGGCUGUCCGAGCCCAGACAGGGAAAACUCUGUGCUACAAACUUCCCUUCCAUGUCUAUGACACAGCAGAUUACAUUCGUCCUAUCAGCUUCUCACUGUGGUUUAAGAUCAACAACACAGAAAGUGGUCCCGUGCUGGAUGAAGGGUGGCCGACUACUAUCAACAAAUCUAUCCCAUUUUUUAAAGACUGUGGUGAGGAUGAUGUGUGUACAACUGACCUGGUGCUACAGGCACACAUGGACAUCUCUGGGACAAGACAAAAGCCUUAUGUGAUUCGCAGCCCUCGUAGGCGUCUGGCAGUGGAGGUGCAGCUUCAGAACAGACUGGAAAACGCCUACAACACCAGCCUGACGCUGAACUACUCACGCAACCUCCACUUCUCCAGCAUUAGCAUCAGGGAGGUUGCCCACUUCAAGAUCGAGUGCACAGCUCUUAGCGCCAACAGCCACUCAUGCAAUGUCAGUUAUCCAGUUUUUCGCUCCCAGUCAAAGGUUAACUUCAUGUUGGAGUUUGAAUUCAGCUGUACAUCUUUGCACAAUCAAGUGAAAAUGAAGCUCCAUGCAUCCAGUGACAGUGUGGAGAGACAAGACACUUUGAAGGACAACAGUGUUCAGCUUCAGACUUUUGUUCAGUAUGAACCAGACCUUUUUGUUAGCAGUGAAUCUAAUUUGAACCGCUAUGAGGUCCAUCCUACACGGACAAUGUCGGAAGCAAUUGGACCAGAGUUCUACACACAUCUCAGGCUGCAGAAUCUCGGCUGUUACUCUGUGAGUAACCUGGAGCUGCGUCUGCAUCUGCCCUCUGUGGCUGCAGGUGACAGAGUGUUCAUGACUGUCACCGAUGUCUUCUCAAUAAACGUGACGGUGAACUGCAGCGUGCUCGGUGAUGCAGCACAGCUGAAGGCCAGACAGGGAGAUGUGCGCCCACUUCAUCCUGAAGACAUGAUGCAGGAUGAUAUGUUGAACUGCAGCAGGUCAUGGUGCACAGAGGUCGUGUGUCAAGUCAAGCAGCUGCCGAGAGGAAAGGAUGCCAUCAUUCGGGUCAGCCGCAGAGUUCAUGAUGAUUUUUUCAGACAUGCCAAAUAUAAGUCAGUGAAGAUAAUAGGCGCAUAUCGACUCACAGCUCAGGAGACUAACCUCAUUACUUUGAGCGCAGGAACAGUCUGGAGGGAGACCGUGCUGGAAGUGCUGAAAGGCCGAGCUAUUCCCAUCUCGCUCUGGAUUCUGAUCGGUAGCAUCAUAGGGGGUUUGCUGCUGCUGGCCCUCAUUAUUUUCAUACUGUGGAAGCUUGGAUUCUUCACACGCAAACAGAUAGAAGAGGAUGAAAACCAUGAGGACUGAGCAAAACCUUUGCUGCCAAGAACACACUCAUCUGCAAUGAAGACUAUUAGAUGAGUAGAGCCCACCUCCUACCAGACACAAAGAUGGUCCCGAGAUGGGCCUUCAGGACCAAAGAGAGUAUCGGGGAGGGGGUUCAACAGUAAUGCGCUACCCACUGUUUCAAGGGUCAGGGGCACUUAUGUAAAUAAUCUUUUUCUAAUUUUAAAGAAAUGCAAAGUGUAUUAAACCACAGUCCUUCUAUUUAACUUGCAGACAUUUUUAUGGUUUUAUAUUUCAGUCACUUGAUUCUUCAGUUUUUGUUUGUUCUUUAAUUAAAACAGUUAAAAGACAUAUUCUUGUUCUUUAUUUAUUCACUGCUGAUGUAAAUGUAAUAACAAAAUGGGCAAAAAUCUGGUUUUAUUUCAGUCCGAACAGAAACAUCUGAGCUAUAAACUAUAAAACAGUCAUACUUGACACGCAUGCAGAAAUUAUACACAAAAAUUAACUGCAUGGAUGAAAUAUAAAACUCCAAUGCAUAAGUCAUGAA